UAGACCCACUAGCUACGGUACACUCAGAAGCCACUUUACAUACUUUUACGCGUGGUUUACUUAAAUCCCGUUGAAAACCGUAGAUAAACUGGCACAAAAGGUAGCUACCCCAUCCUCAGUUUUCCCCACAAAGUUUCAUUACAAUUGUGAGGAAUAAGUAAUUUAUUUCAAAAUACUGACUAUUAUCGACUUUGCAAUAUUUGGCGGGCUCAUUUUUCAAAAAUGAAGUUCUGCACGUGGUGUCAGAUCGUCUGGCUCCGUUUCCAAGGGCACGAGCGCUUUAUCUGGUCGCAAGAAUACCAGUAACCAGACCUACAAAAUCAAGGGCUGCGAUUGGAUAUCAUUUCACUGCACUGAAGGACAGCAUUAUUAUGAGCAUAGCAUUGGCUGUCCAUGUUUCUAGAUUCUAGUUGUCAUGUACGAGCGGCCCAACCUCACAUUCAACGACCUGAUCCGAUUGGCUCUCCUGUCCAAGCCAGACUGCCGAGCCACACUCAGUCAGAUCUAUGACUUCAUAGAGAAGUCGUACCCCUACUACAAGAUGUCCAAGGAGUGCCGAUUCUGGAAGAACUCAGUGCGACACAAUUUGUGCAAGAAUCGCCAGUUCCGGAGAAUCGACGAGCAGGCCUCGGACGAGAGUGGCAAGCCCUACAAGCGAGGCAGUAGUAUGUGGGAGCUGUGUGACACGGGCAUAACCAUCGUCAGCCAGGGCGGAGCAAGGAAGAAGCUCCGCUCGAUCAGAAAGAAACUCAGCCUGACCAGUGACAGCCCAGAGAGGACCAGCGCGGUUGGUUCCACCAGCACCAGUUCAUCAAGUCUAGAUAUGUCUAACUGCCCAUAUCCAUGGCAGCCAAUUGCAGCAGAGCACAGCCAAUCACACCUUGCCAUUGACCUGUCGAAUACUGACAAGAUGACGACCGCUGCCGAGGAGGUGCACCAAGCGACUGAUCCAUUCUUCAAGCCCUGGACGGCCAGCCCUGAUCAGUCACUGUCCACUUCCCACCUGGAAGCCCCCGGCUCCGAGGAGCUCGGAUCACCCACCUGGGUGAGCACAUGGAAUAACCCUCCAUUGCUGCAGCCGACGUUGUCCUACGGGCAGAGCCAUGCUACCAGUGUGGGAACAUUGGAUCCAUCCUCCCCGGUGGUUGGGGGCGCUUGGAGUGAUCCAGCGGCCGCAGCUGUCCGAGCUGCCAGUCCAGCCUCCAUGCUGGCCAACACCACCUACUCCACAGGCUAUCCAACCACCCACAUGAUGCCCCCAAGCCAGUGCAUGUACACCGAUGGCCUUUUCUGGUAUUCGCUGUGAAAAGCUCAACCAACAUUACCAAGCAGCCGUCCAAGUUUCCUGAGCAGUUCUUCAAGCACCAGGCAGAUUGAAGUUCACAUGAAAAUUAUACUGGAAGAGAACACAACAUCACGUUGAACUGUAUUGUGUCUUAAACCUGUGUUCUUUGUAACAUGUGCUUAAAACAUGGCAUGGACGCAAGAUGGUUCGGGCGUAAAAAAUGUAAAAAGCAAGAAAAACAUUCAACAGCACAGAGAUGCAAGUUACUGAAAAUUGAUCUAUUAUCAAUAUAAUUAUUAUUUGACUUUCCCUAAAUAUUUCAUACAUUAUCAGAAACUUUGUCUUCAUAAACUGGAAAUUUCCUCUUCCCCCCCGAAAUGUAGCCUUCUGUUUUGCGGUUUAGAAAACAGCCCUGUUAAGAAUGUGUCUUCAGUCUGGUGUCCAGCCUGUAGUUCAUAUCUUCACAGACACAUAAUUUUAUUUCGAGCAGUUAUUGGAUUGUGUCAAAUCUGAAAGUACAUUCCAUGAAAGAUAACCAUCCUCAUUAAAGGGCAUCAUUGCAGAGGAUGUAUAGAGCUUAAUCAUUUGUCUCCACCAAAACGUCAGUGAUGUGAAACCUUCCUGAAAACAAAAAAAAAACGGUUUAAUUUUAGUUUAGUAAGUACAAAGAAAAAUUAUCUACUUCAGAAGACACUUGUUUUGACAUCAUUGUUGUGUGUAUUUUUUUAUAUGAAAAGUAUUAAAGGGUUUAAGAAAAAGUUAUAUUUGCCGUGCCAGUCCUGAAACUUGUUUUUGUUUUUGUUAAAGCCUAAGACAAUGCUUGUUACACUUUCAAUUGAGCAAGCUAGGUGUCUGAAGAGCGAUAAGCUAGACCCUAAAGUUUGGGGGACAAGUUCACUGUGUCAUACGAUCAAGAAGCAAGACCCAAAUGGUUUCCAAUGUCAUCAGUAAACAGCAUUUGAAAAACAGUAAAGCCAAGGCAGCUCAAAGUAAAUAUAUAUAAAAUAAUAGCAUUGUUUUAAUUCAUACAUUAACUCAAAAAAAUAGCUUCAUGUAACAUUGAUGACAUGUUGACUUAUAAAUCUGAAGUUACAAGAAAGAUCAUUUAAAUAUUCCAUUUUGCUUAUUUUUUUCUUAGAAAUAAUCUUUAAAGCCCAGUGGAUUUUCCGUGAAUGAUUUGCCAACACUUUACUUAACUAGACCACAAUACUGCUCCGAAAAUAUCCAAUUAAAACAAAAAAAAA